AUGAGAGUGAGUAUGAAGUUUCAGUCUCUGUCUGAGGCUCAAUGCCCACGCAGGGAUGGCCAGCGUCUGACAAUGCUUGGAGACAGGAUGGAGGCGGCUGGUACAAUGAUGGAUGGAAUCAAGACGGCGGUGGCCAGAGUCAGAGUCAGUACUACACCUGGAACCCACAGCAACAGGACGGUCAGAAUCAGGACGGGUGGAAUCAACAUGAUGACCGUCAGGGUCGUGCGUGGAGUCGACAAGAUCGCCGUGGUCGGAGUCGCGGCAGGAGUCAACAAGACGACCAUCGUGGAAACGGUUGGGGUCAUGAUGGCCAGGACCAGGGUCAGUAUCACGACGGGCAGGGCGGCUGGUGGCAUCGUCCUGAUGACGGUCAGCGUGGAAGGGAUGGAUAUGAUCACGGAGGAGGGCAGGGCAGUGGCUGGUCUCAGAGUGAUCACGGACAUGGACAGGGGCAGGAUAGUGGCCGGGCUGACGGGCAUGCCCGGGAUGGACAUGAUCAUGGACAGGGUCCGGACGAGCCUCGGCUUGAAGGUUGUGCAGAGUGUGCAGAGUGGAGGUGAAUGCCCGGUCCUAUUCCUGGUGCCUCGUGGCACUCCUAAGGACCAGGACCAGCGGUGGCAGCAGCAGCAGCAGCCAGGACGUGAGUGGCCAGGCCACGCUGCCAGUCGUAUACGGAGUCACUCGGCCACACGUUUGCCCUACACUCGGGCUCCUGCCAGCGUCGACGACGUGAUUGAGGUCUUGCUUCUUGACUACUUCGAUCGAGUGCAGCAAAUAAAAUGUAAAUAA